AUGAUGCUGCAGUUGCUGCUUCUCUCUGCCCUGGCUGCGGUCACCCGGGCCAGCGACGUGCUGGAGUUCACGGAUGACGACUUUGACAGCAGGAUCGGCCACCAUGAGCUGAUCCUUGUGGAGUUUUUUGCACCCUGGUGUGGUCACUGUAAGCGACUUGCUCCAGAGUAUGAAGCUGCAGCAACACGUCUGAAAAGCAUCGUCGCCUUGGCAAAGGUUGACUGCACUGCAAAUUCCAACGUUUGCAAUAAAUAUGGUGUGAGUGGGUACCCAACCCUUAAGAUUUUCAAAGAUGGAGAAGACUCCGGCAGCUAUGAUGGACCUCGAACCGCUGAUGGAAUCGUGAGCCACAUGAAAAAGCAAGCUGGUCCCGCUUCAUCAGUGAUCAAGAGUGUGGUCGAGUUUGAGAAGUAUAUUGGAGAUCGCGAUGCAAGUGUAAUUGGCUUUUUUGCGGACAGUGGCAGCUCGGCGCAGGCGGACUUCCAGAAGUCUGCCAAUUCCCAGAGAGACUUCUACCGCUUUGCACAUACAAACUCUGAGGAGCUUCUGAAGAAAUAUGACAUAGAAAGCGAAGGAAUUAUCCUGUUUCGACCUGCACGCCUCAGCAAUAAAUUUGAAGAGAGCAGUGUGAGGUUCAGUGAGGAUGCGAUGACCAGUGACAAGAUCAAGAAAUUCAUCCAAGAUAACAUCUUUGGUAUGUGUCCCCACAUGACUGAAGACAACAAGGACCUGAUCAAGGGCAAAGAUCUGAUGGUGGCCUACUACGAUGUGGAUUAUGAGAUGAAUCCUAAGGGCUCCAACUACUGGAGGAACAGGGUCAUGAAGGUGGCCAAAGACUUCUUGGAUCAGGGGAAGCAGAUGAACUUUGCAGUCGCUAAUAAAAACGUCUUCAGCCAUGACCUGUCGGAAUUUGGGCUGGACUCCCACACCGGGGAGCUGCCAGUCGUUGGAAUUCGCUCCUCCAAUGGAGACAAAUAUGUCAUGCAAGAGGAAUUCUCACGUGACGGGAAGGCCCUGGAACGAUUUCUGCAAGACUACUUUGCUGGAACGCUUAAACGCUACCUUAAGUCUGAGCCAAUUCCUGAAAACAAUGACGGCCCAGUGAAGGUUGUAGUUGCUGAGAACUUCGAUCAGAUUGUGAAUGAUGACAGUAAAGAUGUCUUGAUUGAGUUCUAUGCCCCUUGGUGUGGCCAUUGCAAAAACUUGGAACCAAAGUACAAGGAGCUGGGUGAAAAGCUAUCUGGUGAUCCCAACAUUGUCAUUGCAAAAAUGGAUGCCACAGCCAAUGAUGUGCCUUCACCCUAUGAUGUCAGCGGGUUCCCUACCAUUUAUUUCGCCCCAGCUGGUAGGAAGGAAGAUCCCCAGAGAUAUGAGGGUGGCCGUGAGAUCAGCGACUUCAUCUCCUAUCUAAAGAGAGAGGCCACCAAUCCCUUGGUGGUCGGAGAGACUGAGAAGUCAGAGUUGUAGAGCUGAAGAUCUGUGGAAGGCAUGAGUUCUGGAGCCAAAGACUCCAAGUCCAUGUGCACUUAAGCUGCCGUGGUAUCGAAAGAUCAAGUUGGCCAGAAGGCGGCUGUUCUAAGUUUGAGAGCGUUUGUUUGUUUCCCUCUCAAAUGGAUGCACUGUUUUGAUGUUACAGGAUUACCUUUUUUCUAGACGAUUUUUGUGGGGGAGGAAUUUUUUUUUUAUUUUAUUUUUUUAAUCACUUUUGUAAUUUUGGAAGAUGUGAAAUAAAAGUUAUGGACCCGAA